CGGCGAGAAUUCGAAGCGUCUCGCGAUAGCUGAUUGAUUUGCUCGUGUAGUUUCAAGAUAAAAAUUGGUUUGCGGCGCGGAAGAGUGAAAAGAGCUUGCGCAGUGAUUGUAUACCGUAAAAAUGGCGCUCUCUUGUGCAAUUUCUAAUGAGGUUCCGGAGCAUCCCGUUAUCUCUCCUGUUUCUGGAUCGAUUUUCGAAAAACGGUUAAUUGAGAAGUAUGUUGUUGAGAACGGAGUUGAUCCCAUUAAUGGCAAGGAACUCACUGUCGAGCAGCUCAUUGACGUCAAAGCUACGCCUAUAGUGAAACCAAAGCCACCUAGUGCUACGUCGAUUCCAGCUAUUUUGAAAAUCCUUCAAGAUGAAUGGGACGCAGUUAUGUUACAUUCCUUCACACAGAGACAACAACUCCAAACUGCAAGACAAGAACUAUCCCAUGCUUUGUAUCAGCACGACGCAGCCUGUAGAGUUAUCGCUAGAUUGACCAAAGAAGUUACUGCUGCAAGAGAAGCUUUGGCCACUCUCAAACCUCAAGCGGGCAUUACACAGGCUACUGUUAUUCCACAACCGUCAGUUGCAGUGGAAGCAGGUGGUGCAGCGGCUCAACCAACUGAGCAGGCUGGAAUUACAGAGGAUGUAAUUCAGAAGUUACAAGAACGAGCUACUGUUUUGACUCAGGAAAGAAAAAGACGUGGGCGUUCCAUACCUGAAGAUCUUCUACCUCAAGAAAGUAUUCGCUCGUUCCAAACUUUGGCAUCGCAUCCGGGACUUCAUUCGGCGAGUGUGCCGGGAAUAUUGGCACUUGACAUUCAUGGUGCUGAUACUAGUAAAAUUUUGACUGGUGGUGCGGAUAAAAAUGCUACUGUUUUCAAUAAAGACACAGAACAAGUUGUUGCCAUUCUGAAAGGACAUUCAAAAAAAGUUACGCGAGUUAUCUAUCACCCAGAAGAAGAUGUGGUUAUGACAGCGUCACCUGACACCACGAUCCGCGUUUGGAAUGUUGGUACAAGUCAAACCACUCUUUUAUUGCGGGCUCACGACGCUCCUGUAACUGGGCUUUCACUUCAUCCUACUGGAGAUUAUUUGUUGAGCUCGUCUCUUGAUCAGCAUUGGGCCUUUUCCGAUAUACGCACUGGAAGACUACUCACAAAGGUGGCUGGCCAAUCUGGACAGCCUUUGACAACAGCUCAAUUCCAUCCUGACGGGCUCAUCUUUGGUACCGGAACUGCUGAUUCCCAAGUAAAGAUUUGGGAUUUGAAAGAACAGUCUAAUGUAGCUAAUUUCCCUGGUCACUCGGGACCUAUCACAGCAAUCAGCUUCUCAGAAAACGGAUAUUAUCUGGCCACUGCAGCAGAAGAUUCCUGCGUCAAGCUUUGGGAUUUGCGAAAGCUUAAAAAUUUCAAAACACUUCAAUUAGACGAAUCGUACGAGGUCAAAGAUAUUUGUUUUGACCAAAGUGGAACGUAUCUUGCUGUAGCUGGAUCUGAUGUCAGGAUUUAUUUAUGCAAACAAUGGCAAGAAUUGAAGGUACUCAACGACCAUACAGCAACAGCUACGGGUGUUCGUUUUGGAAAACAUGCGCAAUACAUUGCUUCUACCAGCAUGGAUCGGACGCUGAAACUCUACGGACUUCCGUAAGAUUGAACAAUUGUUUUAAUGAAAUGAAAAUAAAUUAUAAAAGAUAAACGAGUCAAGCAGCAGUUGACAGUUGUUCUUGAUAUGAUUACUUUGUCAUAGUAGUUUUUAACCGAUUCACUUUUUCAUUUUCCACCGCAUCUAUACAUUGGUGUUUCCUAUAUACAAAUACGGAAAUACGGUAAAGCGAUGCAUGCAAUCGUAUACUAAAAGUACCGAAGAUUAAGGAUCGGAGUGAAUAUUUAUUAUCUUUCAUAAUUGCUAGUAUUUCGGCAACCACCGUGUGCUGAUAUAUUGAUAUGACAGCAAACAGUAUGUCGUAAUACAACGCCUGUAUAUUCGUACACCUUAGACUAGCAAUUGACAAUAUUUGUCUACUGAGGUGUUUUUGUGAUGAAUUAUUACACUCGAUGAGGCAUAUCAUCUCUGAGAUUUUGCAUGCUGGUGUUCUAAAUAAUUUGAAAAAUAUAACGAUGGCAUAAACAUAUUCAAAGAUUUUCUCACUCAUUAGCGCCACUUUAAUUAGUGAUACGGACUCUCUUUCAUAAUAUGUGCUGUAACAGAUAUCACUCUCACAGUGAAUAUUAUUCUCUUUUGAAAAAUAACGGAUCCUUGAAAGUCGAGGACAAAAUUGUUUGUUCAUAAAAUAUGGUUAUUUUUAUUAUUUCUUCUCUUCCAAUUUUAACCUCAGGUCUGAUUUGCGGGAUUUUCUGUUUAAUGGGAUGUCGUGAGAUUUGAUUGCCUGAAAUUCUCUUGUAUCAAAAUCGUUUUUUUUUUACAAUAGUCGAUAAUGAUCAGAUAAUAUGUGUUCAAGAGUUUGUGAAAUAUAUUUACGCAACUUGAAAGCGUUUCCAAAUUGAUUAUGAUGAAAUUACCGAAUGGCUCAUUGUAUAAUUUUGUACAUCAGUAAAACGUAACAUUGAUUUCAAUCAAUGAUCAUAUGGGUAUGAUCUACAGAUCAGUUAAUUUCUGUAAAUGUAUAGCCAACAAAAAAAAAAAUGGAAUAUAAAACAAUGAUUUGUUCCGAUGUUAGGAAUUCCAAAAUACACAAGAUAUACAUUACCAUUUUGUAAGCUAUAGUCUAGGACACGAAAUAUAGUAAUAAAUAUUUUAUACAGCAAUUAGA